AUGAGUGGUGAAACUGAUAAACGGAAAGAAUCAUCGAUGCCGCCGAAGUUGAAAAUCGCGAUGCUUGUAGUUGGAACAAGAGGAGAUGUUCAGCCUUUUCUCGCUGUGGCAAUGAGACUUCAGGAACAUGGUCAUUACGUGAGAUUGGCAACACAUGCUCGAUUCCGUGAUUUUGUGAAAUCUGCAGGGAUAGAUUUUUACCCACUUGGAGGAGACCCUCUGGUUAUGGUUGAAUUUCUAGUGCGAAAUAAACAUAUUAUUGCGGCACCAGGAGAUCGAGUUAUACUACUUGAACAGCUAAAGGCCAUUAUCGACUCUGUCCCCUUAGCAUGUACAGAACCGGACCCAAUAACCGGUGAACCUUUCACGGCUCAGGCUAUUAUUGCAAAUCCUCCCGCUUAUGGACGUGUGCAUGUGGCUGAAGCUCUUGGUGCUUCUCUGCACAUAUUCUCCCCAAUACCUGGCACGCCUACGAAUGCGUUUCCUCACCUAUACAUGCAAAUACCUUUAAGUGCUGGAUACUGGCUUCUCGACGAACCUGAAAAGAUGAUGGAUAUCAUUUUGGAGGCACUGAAGAAUACAGGGCAGAGAGGAAUCAUUGAUCGAGGGUGGGGGGACCUUGGCAGCACACAUCGGAAUAUUCCAGAAAACGUAUUCUUUGUUGCUGAUUACCCUCAUGACUGGUUGUUUCCUCAAUGUUCUGCUGUGGUUCAUCACGGUGCAGCUGGAACUAUAGCUACUGGACUCAGAGCAGGGUGUCCGACUGCUGUAAUACCGUUCUGUGGGGAUAUGUUUCUUUGGGGGAAAAUACUCCAUAAGAAAGGAUUGGCACCUGCCCCGAUUCCCAUGUCACAGCUCAGUGUUGAAUCGCUUUCGGAAGCAAUUACAUUCAUGCUCCAACCGAAGGUUAAACUCCGAUCAAUGGAAUUAGGACAACUUAUUCAGAGAGAAGAUGGUGUUGGAGCUGCUGUCGAAGCAUUUCACCGCCACCUGGAAACAGAUAUUUCAUCACCAAAACCAUCGUUGAAAAAAGUGGACCCCUCAAAUCCCGUGCAUUGGCUUUUCACUCAGGUCGGGAGGUUUUUGGCGCCCACUGGAUUAAAAAAAAAUCGGAAUCAUUUCGAUAAUCUGUGA